UGGUCUGCAAUUCAGUACUGCCGACGGAAACGGAUUUCAUUUCUUCGUGAAUGUUCUUUGUAACUUACGUACAUUAACUUUUACUUUGUAGUUAAAAUUUAUAUUAAAAAUGGCAUCAAUAGCAACCAAGUUCCGCCCUCUUUUUGAUCGAGUUUUGGUUAAACGAUUAGAUGCUGUUAAACAAAGUAAAGGUGGUAUUAUGUUACCAGAGAGUGCUUCAAAGAAAAUUCUAGAAGCCACCGUUGUUGCUGUGGGACCUGGUGCAAGAAAUCAGGAUGGCAAGCCUAUUCCAGUUGAUGUCAAGGUAGGAGAUCGAGUGUUAUUGCCUGAAUAUGGUGGUACCAAAAUACAACUAGAUGAUGAUGAUUCAUACACAAUUUUUAAAGAAUCAGAGUUAUUAGCUAAAGUAGAGUAAUAUAAACAAUUAGGUUAAAAAUUAUGUGACUGAUUAAUUUUUAGUAGAAAAUAGUUGUCCGCAUAUUUAAAUAAAAUUCCAUUUCUGAAAA